UUGGUUUCUAACACAGCGUGCUGUGGUUGCUGCUACUGUGGUUUAUGUUGCUAACAGGCCUUGGUAUUCCUCCAGUAGUGGUAACAUUUGGGGGAUUGCAGAAGUAGACCCUUAACAUUCUUGGGGAAUAUAUUGGAACUUUCUGAAUAUGGAAAUGCUUCUACAGGCUCUUAGCUUUCUACCAUAUAACAUUUCAAUUGAGAGCCCCUGUUUCCUGUGUAAAUACACCAGAUUCACUUUAACCUUGAUAUAUAUCCUUCAUUUGAGGAACUUUUUCUUUCGCAAACAGUUUUUAUCACCUCAUGAGGCAGGUGAUACAUAAAUAACUGUGAAGAGAACUACAAAACCAAGUGGAGAUGUGGUUUCCCCACUGUCAAUAGAAAUAAGACACACUUAUUUAUCUUCCCCCCUCUGCCCUGCCCUGGCCUUACAAUAAAAAUUCAUACCGCAGCAGAAUUAUAAAUUGCUGUAUAUUAUGACCACAAAUAAAUGCCAAGGGUCUGUUGGAAGACACCAUUUCUCUUCUGCCUUUACCUGCUGUGAGCUUUUAAAAGGCCUUGGAUGCUUUCGGGCCCUGAUUUGUCAAAAUUUAAAACUGACCUGUAAAGACUAUAGUGCAAGAGGAGUGAUUUCAGGAAUUCAGUCACAGACCAAAACAUUUUGAUGAAUGCAUGGGGUCUAGUUGUCAUUUUGUAAAUGCUCAUCUUUCUUCUUUUCCUGGUAGGACUUUUAGACUCUGAGGAGCAGUUGGAGCUAAUAGCCAUCAUGGAAAUGGAAACCACUGAAUCUGAGCCAGACUGUGUAGUGCAGCCUCCCUCUCCUACUGAUGACUUUUCAUGCCAAAUGAGACUCUCUGAGAAGAUCACUCCAUUGAAGACUUGUUUUAAGAAAAAGCCAGAUCAGAAGAGAUUGGGAACUGGAACUCUGAGGUCUUUGAGGCCAAUAUUAAACACUUUGCUAGAAUCUGGUUCACUUGAUGAAGUUUUCAGACCUAGAAAUCAGAGUGCAGAUGAGAGCAGCUUACACGAAUCUAUUGUGAAAAAGCCCUUGGAAAUCAAUACACCUUGUCCACCAACAGAAAAUAGUAUGUCUGUCCUGAUUCCUGAUGGGACAAGUGUUGGGGGCCAAAUACCAGAAGCCCAUCCUUCUGCUGAUGCUCCAGAACAAGUGGUUCCCAUCCAGGGUCACAGUUUUCCACCGGAAACCAUCAGUGGGACAGUGGCAGAUUCUACAGCAGGACACUUCCAGACUGACCUUUUACACCCAGUUUCAAGUGAUGUUCCUUCUAGUCCUGACUGCAUAGACAAAGUCAUGGAUUAUGUUCCAGGGGUUUUCCAAGACAACAGUUUUACGAUCCAGUACAUUUUGGACACCAGUGAUAAGUUGAGUACUGAACUCUUCCAGGACAAAAGUGAAGAGGCUUCCCUUGACCUUGUGUUUGAGCUGGUGAACCAGUUACAGUACCACACUCACCAAGAAAAUGGAAUUGAAAUUUGCAUGGACUUUUUGCAAGGCACUUGUAUUUAUGGCAGGGAUUGUUUGAAACACCAUACGGUAUUGCCAUAUCACUGGCAGAUCAAGAGAACAACUACUCAGAAGUGGCAGAGUGUAUCCAAUGAUUCCCAGGAGCACUUGGAAAGAUUUUACUGUAAUCCGGAAAAUGAUAGAAUGAGAAUGAAGUAUGGGGGACGAGAAUUUUGGGCAGAUUUGAAUGCCAUGAAUGUGUAUGAAACAACUGAUUUUGACCAACUACGAAGGCUGUCCACACCACCGUCUAGCAAUGUCAACUCCGUUUACCACACAGUCUGGAAAUACUUCUGUAGGGACCACUUUGGAUGGCGAGAAUAUCCUGAGUCUGUUAUUCGACUGAUUGAGGAAGCUAACUCCCGGGGUCUGAAAGAGGUUCGAUUUGUGAUGUGGAGCCACCACUACACGCUCCACAACUCCUUCUUCAGGAGAGAGAUAAAAAAGAGACCCCUCUUCCGCUCCUGCUUCAUCCUGCUUCCGUAUUUACAGACACUUGGUGGUGUUCCCACACAGGCUCCUCCGCCUCUUGAAGCAACCUCCUCAUCACAGAUUAUCUGCCCCGAUGGAGUCACCUCAGCAAACUUUUACCCUGAAACUUGGGUUUAUAUGCAUCCGUCUCAGGACUUCAUCCAAGUGCCUGUUUCUGCAGAGGACAAAAGUUAUCGAAUCAUUUACAAUCUCUUUCAUAAGACUGUGCCCGAGUUUAAAUAUAGAAUUUUACAAAUAUUGAGAGUCCAAAAUCAGUUUCUUUGGGAGAAAUAUAAAAGGAAAAAGGAAUAUAUGAACAGGAAAAUGUUUGGCCGUGACAGGAUAAUAAACGAGAGACAUUUAUUUCAUGGAACCUCCCAGGAUGUGGUGGAUGGAAUCUGCAAGCACAACUUUGACCCUCGAGUCUGCGGAAAGCAUGCCACCAUGUUUGGACAGGGCAGUUACUUUGCAAAGAAGGCAAGCUACUCUCACAACUUUUCUAAGAAGUCCUCCAAAGGAGUCCAUUUCAUGUUUUUGGCCAAAGUGCUGACUGGCAGAUACACGAUGGGCAGUCACGGCAUGAGACGGCCGCCGCCAGUCAAUCCCGGCUGCGUCACCAGUGACCUGUAUGACUCUUGCGUGGAUAAUUUCUUUGAGCCUCAGAUUUUUGUCAUUUUUAAUGAUGACCAGAGUUACCCUUAUUUUGUUAUCCAAUAUGAAGAAGUCAGUAACACUGUUUCCAUUUGAAAAAUCUUGGUACUGCUAAAUUAUUUGAUAUGAACUCAAUCCAGCAUUUGUAGCAGGUUUUGGAUGGGUGGGGCUGGGAGGGGGGGACAGCAUUGGACAUUAAUCGGGCACUUUUCAGACCCACUUUUUUAAGUGCUAGAAAGUGAGUUUGUUUUGUUUUUGUUUUUUAAGAAAAACACAAGUUUUAAAAUGACCACUUAUCCUUUAAUUACUUACUAAUUGUUAGUGUACUCAGUGUGGAAAAGAUGACAGAUUGCAUCCUCUUUUCCAGUCACACUUGUACAGGUAGAGUCAGCAGUGUUAUUAUAAGCAUUUGACAAAAAGACAAAGAUACUGAAUAUCAGCCUGACUAGUGAAGUGUGGCUGGGGCCUGGGCCUGGUAGAAGUUAGGCCGGAUGAAAUGGGGGCUGUGAGCAGAGUGAGGGUUGUGUUUGUUUACAGGGAUAAGACUGACUGGCACUGCUACUACCAUGCUUAUGCCCUGUCCACAGCAGCCCUGCUACGGUGUAGGGUAAGUUCACGCGAUUCUGGUGGGUAGAAAGAGACUUUCAUUUGUAUCAGCAGGACUGAACUACAUCACCCAACCAGAGAGCAUCAGUGACUUUAACUGUCCCACAGAGUUUGCCUGAGGAUCCAGAGUUACGUUCAGGGGAAGUAAAAAGAACUAUUUGAAAAUUUUUUCUCAUCAGCAGAAAUUUUCACUUACCAGUUACAGGAGAGAGAACUGAUGUUGCCAGACAUCAGCCACGGAAAGCUCAGUCUCUUCCGUCAUCAUCCGCCCCACGCUGAAGGAGUUAGGCAGCUGUUUUGGUUAAAGUCAGUUGUCAGGUUUACAAGUAUUACUUUCUUUUGGGGCUCCAGGCCUAGCCCGAUUACAGGUUUUAGAAAGGAAGUACACCUACAGCGGAAUUGAUAAGGUUUAUUACUGUGCUUUGUACAGAGUAGACUCUCAGAAGUCUUUGUUGACUUGGAAUUGUUGCUAAGGGUGGCAGUCCCACCCCCAGGCCUGCUUUGCCAGACGCAGCUGGGUUCCCUGGCUGACUCUGUCUUACACUACUUACUUGAUAGAAACACAAACUUGGAAAUUGUGCCGCUGGCCCAGCUGGAGCACUGUGAGGUGAAUGUGCUGACGCCUCAGUUCAGAGAAGUAGCAGCUAGGUAUAUACUUCGCCUUAAGCAAAGCAAAUUCUUGGAUUUACAAAAGUGGAGGUGGUUAUUCAAAAGAAUUUACCAUGGAAUUCCUUCAGAUACCAAGCUCUCCUAGUAUGUUUGCAGUUAUUUCAUUUACACAUAACUUUUCAGGAACUUCUGUGUUGUUUGAAGCAAGGUGUAUCUAUCCUGGUGUCUCAAUGGAUCGGUCUGUUUAAGCACUUAUCAGGGCUUCCAGGCGGUUAUUUAUUUUGCCCUAGUUGAUCUGUUGUUUGCUGCCACUGGCAUGAAGCAGCCUGCUGUGGCCGUCACCUUGAGUCAGUUCUUUCAUUUGAUUAUAACUUGUAAACCGGUGAUUCCCAGCCUUUUUCAAGUUAAGACACCUUACCAUUGCUUAUUUGAUUUUAUGAAACUUGUUCCUUUUUUCCUCCCUAAAGAAAAAAAAGCUUUAUGACAUAUUUAUUUUUUUAAUAAAAUUAAGCAAAAAUAAAAGUUCUGGUAAUUCUUUAAAACUCUUUGUUGUUCUUCUGGUUCCAUUUAAGGUAACUGAAUUCAGCACAUAAUUGAUGGUCUUUAACUGCCCGUUGAUUGCACUGGUUGAUUGAAUGUGUGAUUGGGUGACUGAAUCAACAGGGCUGACCAGAACCUGCCCUGGGAAACAGCGGGAAGUGCAGUAUCAAGCAGUUGAGUGUAAAUCACAAGAGAAGAGUGAAUGUUUUACUUUGCAGGGAAAUAUUUGGGGCAGGGGGCAAGUUUUAUAUCAGCACAGUGCUACAGAGAAAGAAAUAUGAGCAAGUUGUCCCGGUCAACAGGUGCUGAAGGAAAUAGAGAAAGGGAUUGUAGGAGCCAGGUCAGCUCUUAGCACCUCAGUGCUCUGCCGGUUUGAAGCUGUGUGGUCGGUAAAUGCAAGCAUCUCUGAUAGUGCUUUCCCCCAGUGUAAUGUUUUCUAAAUCCCCAUAUAUUGUAUAUUUUAACAAAGUAAGAACUAUGGAGUCAGACUAAAUUUUGUUAUGGUUCUAUGGAUUUCAAACAUACUGAAAUGCAUUCAGUAAUUCUUUCUCCCUGCAGGCAUGGCUGUAAUUUACACCAUUUCAAAGAGCUGGAAUUUACUUUUAAUUUUAACUGUGGUUAAGAUUCCCAGGGAAAGAGAGCCUGCAAACUCCUGAAAUAUGCCAGCGUCACACGAUCCUAUUGACAGGAAGGCUUUUUUCUUAAUGUGUGCAAAGUUUAUAAAUAUUGGAUCCCCUGUAAUUAGUGCUGAAACCCAACUCUCUGCCUUUUGUUGUAAACCCAUUUGUUUUAGUAAAUGAUUAUUUCGUUAUAAAAAAUAAUCUUUAGGGCCUCAAAUAACUGAUCUUGAAAGAGGAAUUUUUAUUAUACUAAGUCUGAAAAUGACUGAAUAGAAAGAAUUAUAUUCAACACCCAAACAUCACCCUUCAGUUCAGAUCAGAGGUGUUUUCUUCUGUUUGUGUUUUCCUUCAUUUAAGGACAAUAUGACCACAAAAUAUUUCUAGUUAUCCUUAAUUGAGACCUGACAAAAUGCUUUUAAAAAAUUCUGCAUGGUACUUUUCUAGAAUUUAACCGCAUCACUUAUGUUAUUAUUGCUAUUAUUGUGGUAAUAUUUUUUGUUUAUUUUUCUAGUAUAACUAUACUAUAAUCUCGGACAAACCACUUAACCUUUCAGGUGGUUAGUUUUCUCAUCUCUGAAGUGGACUUUUUUGGGAAAGACUACAAAUGAUAAGAAUGUUCCAACUUUGAGACCCUACAGUGUGAAAACUUUCUGUAAAGUGCUAUACAAACAGUUGAUAGUGUUAUUUACAAAUUAAAAACCAGAUACAUUUUCUUUAGAAAA